GAUUGAGCAAAUAUAAGGUAUAUAGUGAAUCAUUUCGAACACAAUUGAAUCAGACAAAUGAACCUACUGUUUUGUGUAUAAUUUGUAUGGUGGCGUUAAAAAUUCAGAUUUUGUCGACUAUAGAAAUGUUAAUGCAAAGUCCUCAAAUCAAUAGAGAUAUCGAUGAUCGAUUCUAUUUUCUUUUUGGAAUUUAUUGGGAGAUAUUCUUACUGAUGGGCGGAAUAUGUGAUUUCAACAGUAAAGAGCAAAAUGCCUCACUAGCAUCACAAUCAAAUGAACUCCUGAAGAGAAGUGUGAUAAUUAAAUAAUUAAUCUAAUUACAUAGAUGAAUUAGCCGUCAAGAUCAGGCGAUUUAAUACCGUUUGACUUGUUUUUGUGGAUUUAUAUAGAUAGUUCAUGUAAAAAAAAAUGUAACAUAUUUCUACAAAAAAAUUAUUCACAUUUUUCAAAAAAUAGUUAUGAUUAGUCAUCGGAUACAUAAAACGGUCUUUUUGUAGAAUUUGCGUUGGUCACAUUGAUUAAUUAUCCAUUUAGUAUUUUAACGAUCCUAUUGACUUACAACUUAAAUAGAGCAACAUUGAUGUCCUUCUUUCAUUAUGAAUAAUUUUAACCGAUUAUACUUUUUUAAAACAGCAAGCCUAUAGGUAUUGAAACUGACCUAUUUGAAUAUUGUGGACAGUCGGAAAAUAAUAAUUGAUUCAUAUUAUCGAAGUUCGCUGUAUGUCAAGAGGUUACUCUACCCAGUUCUCUAUUAUGUUCAGCGGGCAUUACUGAAACACAAUCCAGUCACACUGCUAUGAGACCGCUGUUCCAUUCUUCAUUAGAAUUUGUGCGUUUUAGCGAGGUAGAUAUAGUUAGAAGUGACUUAAUUUGCAGAACAUUGUUGUUAUUUAGCCAAAAAUCAUCAUGAGUAGUGAAUUCAAAAUGGAAAUAGGGGAAGAUGAUAUCCCCUAUUUACGAAUCAAUGAAGAAUUCACUCUGAGGCUGGACUUGGAAGAUUUAGAUGAAGAAUACAAGAAGAGAGCCACUAAAGAUCUCAGGGAGACUCCAGAAAAUGUGCAGGAGGCUUUGAAAGCUAUCCGACAGAUGAUCAAAGAUGAGCCAGGAUUGAAUUUGCCAAUAGAAGACGAGCAAUUUCUCAUCAAAUUUUUGAGGCCUUGCAAGUAUUAUCCUAAUAGUGCUUUCAGAUUGAUGAAGAAAUUUUACGUGUUCAAAGCUAAGCAUCCUAAAUGGGCAGCAAACUUGUAUCCUACACCUCUUAGGCACGUUUUCGACAAAGAGGUCUUCCAGUUUCUUCCUACAAGAUCAUCUACAGGGUCUAGAAUCAUGAUAGUCAAUGUUGGCACAAAAUGGAAUCCGAAAGAAGUGAGUUUAGACGACUUAUUUAGAGCAGUGAUGUUGUCGAUAGAAUUAGCAAUGAUCGAACCAAAAACACAAGUUGGGGGAGUCCAUGUAAUAUUAAACAUGAAGGGCUUAAGUCUAUCACAUGUCUAUGUGUUUUCGCCAUCUUUAGCAAAAAUGAUGGUAGAAUGGGUUCAGGAAUGUGCACCUGUGAGAUUGAAGGCUAUACACGUGAUCAACCAACCUUUUGUUUUCAAUGUGCUCUGGGCGUUGUUCAAACCAUUCGUUGGAGAAAAACUGAGGCAGAGACUUUUCUUCCAUGGUACGAAUCUGAAACCUCUGUGUGAACAAAUUUCUGCCAAAUGUCUUCCUCCAUAUUAUGGUGGAAUUGCCAAUAUUCCCGAUUUUCCUGGUAGCCUUUUCUCUGACAUGCUCGUUUAUUCAGAGAAGAAAUUCGAACCCUGCAACAUUUAUGGAUAUGUGAAAGAGAAAGUGGAGGAAGCAGAUGGAGGAGACUGAAAUUUGUGAUUACAUAAUUUAAGAGUAAAUUUAUGAAUAUAGGCUAUAGGAAAUCAUAUUAGAUCAUAAGAUUUUUGUAUGUAAAGAAGUUAAAGGUUUUGUAAUGAUGGAUUUUUUUCGUGGAUACAGAAGAAGAAGGGGAUUCUUUUUCUUAUACAGAAGUAAAAACGAAGAUUCAAGGUUCAAAGUGCCUUUGACAAGGGUCCAAUUAGUACUUCCCAACAAAGCAAAAAUAAAGAAAAAAUAUUAGAUAUUCAUUGAAGACAAUAUGUUGAAUAUCUUGAAUAUAAGAAAUAUCUUGAACAUGUUACCUAUUAUGCCAAAAUGAGAUAUUUGUACAAAUGAAAUAAAACUUCUGACGAGUAUACAAUUGAAAUGUAGAACAUUGAAGAAAUAUUUAAAUGACAAGAUGUUUUGCUUUUAAUUGGAGAGCAUAUCUUAUAAUUAGAUACCUACCUGACAAGUUUCAAUAUUCCGGAAUUAAUUUUCUCAUUUGACAUACUACAUUCUUGUUUAUUUCUGUUUUUGAACAAAACAAUUGAGGAAUAUUUCUUGUGAACUCAAUUUUUGUAAUUUAAAAAACAGAUAUAUCUAGGCGUAUUUCUUGAUAAAAUAAAAUUUUUUAAGUCAUCGAUUACUUCACUCAAAUAAUAAUAAUAAGAAGUACUUUUUUACUUUUUUCAUCAAAUUAUAAAAAUAUUUCAUCAUUUUUGUUUCAACAUUUAGUCUGAAUCCUUUUUUUUUUGGAAUUUAAUCAUUAAAUGCAUAGUUUGUCAUAAAAUUAACAUUUCUUUAUCUUAUUUCUUGAAUUUUGGAAUGGUAAAAGAAUAUUUCAUAAAAUUAGUAGAAUUUGAGGCAGAUUUCAGGUUGAUUUUAGAAUUUAUAUCAGGACGAAAUUUGAACCAAAACUGAGGUUCUUUUCAAGACAUGCUCUAAAAGUCUAAUGAAUGGAAAACCUAUGAAUCUAUAGUGAGAUUACAAAAACAAUAUUCGGAGACUUAACAUAGAAGUAUAUCAAAGGUCUAUAAUAUCGAAUAUGUGAACUUAUAUUAGACAUACAUAAAUCUUCAUAACUGUCAUAUAGUUGGAUAAUGAUAUUUAUAAAUAGGUGCUGAAAAAUGAUUGGGCUUACAAUAACACAACUGAUUUUUAUAAAAUUUGUCUGUUUUAUUAUGAACAAUUAAUUCUGGAAAUAUAUAUAAUAAUAUACAUAUUAUUUUU